AUGCAGAAGCGCACGAUCCCCUCGCCUCAAACCCAGUAUCCUCCUCCCCCAGGAACUCAACCCAUCACCCGCCCAGGCCCCUCCGCAGUAACCUACCACAUCCCCGUCUCCCCCUCCUUCUCUAGGACAACAAUCUCCCUACCGUGCCACUCAACAUGGACAUCCGGCCUACACUUCCACACCCAGCACACAGAAUACCUGCACCUCGUCCGCGGCUCCAUCUUUGUGUACCUGGACGGGCAGACUAGGAUUCUGAGCGCUGCAGCCGGUGGCGCAGUAUCCGUUUACGGCAGUAACAAGAUUAAAGACAGUGAUGGACCCAGAUUAGUCAUCCAGAUCCCCAAGUACGCACGCCACAACUGGGGUAGAGCGAGAGAGUAUCUAGCAAGCCACAGACCAUCUUGUGUCAGACCACGAUAUCCGCUGGAUAUCGAUGACGAAGUCGUAGUGGAAGAAUGGACAGACCCAGCAGACGGAGGAAAAGCGCUUUUCUUUUGGAAUCUGAACGGCAUCGUCAUGCAGAAACAGUAUUCCGGGGCUCUUCCUCCACUUCAGCAUCUUGCGAGAUGGGUACUGGGGCGUUGGUGGGUGGAGUUUCAGCUGUGGAAUGUGUUUUGGGAGUUGGAUAACUGGCCUGUGGUGCUGGGAUUGAGGGGUGUGUUUGGGGAGGGAUGGGAUAGAUUGCCGGAACUGUUAUGGGUUGAGCGGGGGAAGAGGAAGGUGGAGGGGUGGUUGGAAUGGCUCGUUACACUGGUUUUGUUGGGGUUGGCGAGGGGCGUGGGAUGGAUAGUGAGAGUCAGGGCUGUGGAGAAGGAGAGGACGCCAGUGGCAUUGUGGGAGGAGUACCAAAGAAAGGGACGUAGCGGCUGA